AUGACAACUCCAAAGCGCAUUCUCAUUGUGGGCGGCGGCACAUUCGGCCUCUCGACGGCCUACCACCUCGCAAAGUCGGGAUACACGUCUGUCAGCGUCAUCGACUCAAGCGAGUUCCUACCCUCCAACAGCUCAGCUGGCCACGAUCUGAACAAGAUUGUGCGGGCCGAGGACGAGAACCCGCGGUACGCCGACCUGGCCCUGGAGGCCAUGAAGCUCUGGCAGGAAGACCCCUUGUUCGCUCCCUACUACCACCAGGUGGGAUACCUGCUCGCCAACUCGCCGGGGGCGCCGGACAAGGCCAAGAAGACGCUGGCCAAGUCCCUGAGCAACAUCUCGCAGCGGGAGGCGUGGAAGGGUCGCAUCAGGCCCAUCGAGAGCCGUCAGGACAUCCGGGAGUUGGCGCCGGCGUUUGACGGCCCCAUGGACUGGAGGGGUUAUUUCAACACGCUGGCGGGCUGGGUGCAUGCGACGGACUCGAUGCACGCCGUGUACGCGGCAUGCUGCGACAUGGGGGUCCGGUUCCUGCUGGGGGACGGCGUCGAGCGGCUCGCAUUCGAGGGGGACGAGUGCGUGGGCGUCCACACGGCGUCGGGCAAGCUGCACCCCGCCGACGUCGUGGUGGUGACCCUGGGCGCGUCGGUGGCGGGGGUGGUCCCCGAGCUGGCGCCGCAGAUCACGGCCAAGGCCUUCGCCGUAGCGCACGUCCAGCUCACGCCCGACGAGGCUGCCAGGCUGCGCGGCAUCCCCGUCACCUACGCGCGCGACCUCGGCUUCCUCUUCGAGCCCGACCCCCGCACGGGCCUGCUCAAGAUAUGCCCCAUGGGCGCGGGCAUCACCAACUACCGCGGAGGCAGCAUCUCGCUGCCCCCCGACGAUAACUCGUACAUCCCCUCCAGUCAGGAGGAGAGCGUGAGGAGGCUGCUCAGGGACACCCUGCCAGCGCUGGCCGACAGGCCCCUGGUCAACAAGCACAUGUGCUGGAUCGCCGACACGAGGGACUCGUGCUACGUCAUCGACUACAUUCCCGGGAAGAAGGGCGUCGUCGUGGCUACGGGGGAUUCGGGCACGGCCUUCAAGAUGCUGCCCAAUGCUGGGGGAUGGGUCAAGAAGCUCAUCGAGGAGGGAGAGCAGAAGGAGGACGAGUGGAGGUGGAAGGAUUUCACGGGGAGCAACGACGAUGUCAGCUGGCGUGUGGGCGAGCCGUAUGAUCUGAGUGAGGAGCAGGCCAAGUAG